AUGCCAUCUUCGCUCCCAAAUGCCGCGUCCAAGCCGCAGACAUACAUCGAAAAGGUCAUUCAAACUCAUGCCGUAGGGCUCAAGCAUGGUCAAAAAGUCUUGGCGGGCGAUUAUCUCGCCAUCAGGCCUAGGCACGUCAUGACGCACGACAAUACCGGGCCUUGCAUCAACAAAUUCAGAUCCAUCGGUGCGACGAAGAUCAAGGACGUGGGCCAAGUCGUCUUUGCGCUGGAUCACGAUGUACAGAACAAAUCGGCAGCCAAUCUGCAAAAGUACAGCAAGAUCGAGUCGUUUGCGCGAGAACAAGGCGUCGAUUUCUACCCAGCAGGCCGAGGCAUCGGACAUCAAGUCAUGGUGGAGGAAGGCUAUGCCUUUCCUCAAACGUUGGCAGUGGCGAGCGACAGUCAUUCCAACAUGUAUGGAGGUGUGGGCUGCGUAGGCACUCCGGUGGUCAGGACCGACGCCGCCGCCAUUUGGGCAACUGGUCAGACGUGGUGGCAGAUCCCUUCGGUGGUCAAGGUGCACCUGACGGGCAGAUUGCCUGUUGGCGUCACUGGCAAGGAUGUGAUCGUCGCCUUGUGCGGCGUGUUCAAUCAGGAUCAGGUGCUCAAUGCGGCCAUAGAGUUCGUCGGCGAUGGCGUGGCUGGUCUGUCCAUCGACGAGCGUCUGGCCAUCAGCAACAUGACCACAGAGUGGGGCGCGCUAGCUGGUGUCUUUCCGGUGGAUCAGGUCACACUGGAUUGGUACGAAAAGCACAUCGCUUCGUUGGACAAGAUGGACUUCCAGGUGGGAUCAUCACCCAAGAAGUCUCAGCAUCAUCCACGCCUCAACAAGGCGAGGCUGGAAGAGCUGUCAAGGAACCUGCUCAGACCUGACGAAGGCGCCUUCUACGCAAAGACGCUGCAUCUGGAUCUCAGCACGCUCUCGCCUCACGUGUCUGGCCCCAACAGCGUCAAAAUCUCUACGCCGCUAAGUACCCUCUCCAAGCAGGAUAUCGCCAUUCAAAAGGCCUAUCUCGUCAGCUGCGUCAACUCUCGUGCUUCGGACAUUGCGGCGGCAGCUUCGGUUCUGCGCGGCAAACGCGUCGCUCAAGGAGUAGAGUUCUACGUUGCAGCAGCUUCUUCUCUAGUCCAGCGCUCUGCAGAGGAAGCGGGCGAUUGGGGAGAUCUGUUGGCAGCAGGGGCCAAGCCUCUGCCAGCGGGCUGCGGUCCCUGCAUCGGCUUGGGUGUAGGAUUGCUCGAAGAUGGAGAGACGGGCAUCUCGGCUACCAAUAGAAAUUACAAGGGCAGAAUGGGAAGUCCGAAUGCAAAGGCUUACCUGGCCAGCCCUGCUGUCGUGGCUGCCAGCGCUGUCCAGGGUCGCAUUUGCGGACCAGAGGAUUUGGACCCGGCGCUUCUGCCGAGCGCCGACGCUCUCAAGUAUUCCAUCGAGUUGGGCCAGCGCAUCGCCGCGUCCACCCAGAGCGCUUCAACCUCCUCUCGUGCUGACGAAGCCGCGCCCGCCGACGCCCAGGACCUGCUGCCCGGCUUCCCACCCACCUUUUCCGGCUCGCUAAUCUUUGCACCUCAAGAUAAUCUGAACACGGAUGGGAUUUACCCAGGCAAGUAUACUUAUCAAGAUGACAUCACUGCAGAAAGACAGGCCGAGGUGGUGAUGGAGAACUACGACCCCAACUUUGCUGCCAGAGUGGCCGAGCUGCGACGCUCUGGCGCUUCUGAGGCGCAAGAAGGUCAGGGCAAGGUGGGAACGAUUUUGGUGUCGGGGUACAAUUUCGGUACGGGAUCUUCGCGGGAACAAGCGGCUACUGCGUUGAAGCACGCCGGCGUGCCCUUGGUUCUUGCUGGUUCUUUUGGCGACAUUUUCAAGAGGAACGCGAUCAACAAUGGAUUGGUGUGCUUGGAAUGUCCAGAGCUGGUGGAGGAUUUGACGAGGGAGCAUGCAAAGGAUGGAGCGAGGGGAAAUGGAGGCAAGGAAGAGGGGGAGAUCAGCGUGCUUUUGAAGGGUGCGCAGGUCGGCGUGGAUAGCAGCAAUGGACGAUUGACGCUCAGGCUACCGGAUGGAAGCGAGAAGAGGUACACUACCACGCCUGCGGGUGUGGGAACGGCUGUACAGGAUAUAUGGACGGCGGGAGGGUUGGAGGCUUGGGUAAGGAGGACAAUCGGCGCGUGA